AACUAAAAAUAUGAUUAUGUGUCAGUUUGUGUGUUAAUGUCACAGUGUUAAGAACAUUUUAAUGAAACCUAAAAUCUUUCAAUUUUAUUAAGCGGUUUAUGUUAUCGUAGCAAGUGCUGCUGUCAACGGACAACAAGCACAGUUUGUAAGUGGGUGUUAACGUUUUUCUGAUAAGUGCAUCAGUCAAAUAAUCUCGAUUUCGUUGAUAAGUAAAUAAGUAGUGAUUUUUAAGCUUGUAAUUAUUAAAAAAAUGGUCGUGAAGCACCACGUCGAGGGCUACGAGAAUUUUCUCUUGUUGAUGGAAAACCUGAAAGCCGAUGGCCCGAUUAUUGUUCUCUACAGUGGAAGCAAGCUUGAGAAUGGUCUUAGCUGGUGCUCGGAUUGCGUGGAAGCUGCGCCGGCUAUCGAGGAAGGAUUGACAGCUGCGCCGGAGUCUGCUCAUAUAGUCCAUGUAGAAGUUGGUGACCGUGCUUAUUGGAAAGACUUUAAAUGUCCGUUCCGUACUAACCCGAAGACAAAGUUGAAUGUUCUGCCGACGAUGGCGCUCUGGGGAACACCGAAGCGCCUGGAAGGCGACCAUCUUCUCAAGCCCGAGCUGGUUAAGAUGCUAGUCACAAACGAAGAUGAUUAGCAUGACUAUUAAUUAAAUUAACCUCCGAGCGGAAAUUCCUUCAAUCAUUUAUUCAAUAAAUUGUAUAAAGAAUAACAGAAAUAAAGUUUUGUAAUUUUAUAAAACUUAA